UAAAAUCUCAUCAAACACCAUUAUCAUUCUCCAAACUCAAUCCUCUCCACAGCUGGUGGCCAAAAGCUGUAGCUAAUCGACGAAUCCGCCGUCUGCAGCGUCCAUACUCAUAAGAACAUGAAGCACACAAAAAAGGUGUUGGCCGUAUCUGCAAUAAACCUAAGAGCUCCGCGCACGAAAGCGAAAGAAAACUUCAAAAGAAAAAGGAAGAAGCGACAGCUGGAAAGCUAAAGCCAGGAGAAUACAAAGGAUAGGACUGAACACGAGAAGAAGGUGAGUUGAUUUCUACGCAGAAAACAAGGUCCCGAGGAAGAAAAGCUCAAGGCCGCCGGCGACAGACAAUGGUCGGCGGAAAGCAAGUUUUCAUCGGAAUAUUCAAAAAGGGAAAGCAGAGGUAAGGGGGGCUGAGAGAGAAGAGCGCAUGCGUGGUGGCCGGCGAUGUACAGUCACCGGUCUGCACCCGGUCCCAAAGAUGCUUGGCAAUCACCUCGAUCUCGGGCCCCGACGCACGCCCUUCAACUGUUUGAUUAAAUUACCCAACAGGAAAACUUUCAUGCCAUUUGCUCCUUUAUUCAAGCUCGGGUCCCCUGUUAUUUAAUUAAGGGAUACUCGAAUACCCGUGGCCUUUAAAUUCUAUUCAGACGGGCUUUCUAGCUCACUCCGCCGCCAUAUAUAUCUCACUCACUCUGCUUCCUAGCUUGAGAGAGAGAGAGAGAGAGAGAAGAAGAAGAAGCCAGCUUUCAAGACGGGUCUUCCAGUGUGGAUGUUGGGGAUGGGUGCCGGCCGGUGGGAAGAUGACAUGAGCCGCCUUCUAGCCUUGCUCUUCCACCAGGGAGUGCUCGACGAGCAUUUCAUGCAGCUACAGCAGCUGCAGGACGACUCCUCACCGAACUUUGUGUCGGAAGUAAUCUCCAUUUACUUCCGAGAGUCUGAGAGGCUUCUAAGAAACAUCAGAACGCUGCUUGCGGAUCGAGAAUGCACGGAUUACAGAAAGAUUGGUGUUUGUUUGAACCAUCUAAUGGGCAGCAGUUCCAGCAUUGGCGCCAAUCUUGUUCGCAACGUCUGCGUCGCAUUUCGCGCAGCUUCAGAGCACUGUAACUGGGCUGGGUGCCUCCGCUUGUUGGCUGUGCUGGAACACGAGUACUGUUACCUCAAGAACAGGCUUCAUGAACUCUUUCAGAUAGAGCAGCAGAGAGUGCUGGCUGAUAGAGUUAGAUAUCACCCUGUUCUGCAAUGAGGCGAGUUGGAGAAGUCGACGACAGGGAUCAAUGGAUUUGAAUUCUUAGUGGUUGAUUGAUUAAAUUGAGGAGGAGUAUUAAAUGGUUGUUAUGAGGUCAGGGGAGUUGUAAGGCGUGUCUGUACUUGUUGUUCCAAAUAAUUUAUUGUUUACUCAUGAGUCUGCUGCGGCUCUUUUA